AUGCAUCACCCACCUGGUCGCCAAACUGCCAGGAGGAGGAGAAGGAGUUCCACGAGUCUGGCCGUUAAAGAGGCUUCUCCACCAAGCAGAAUCUAUCACCUACCAGCCAUGUUGAUUAUCCUGCUCGUCCUCAUCCAGAACUUUGAGCUGCACAUGUGCCGGCAAUUGAUGGUGUAUCCGGGCACCGACAAACGAUCCCCCAACAAGCUGCUCUCCAUUGGCGGCAGUGCAGCCGGAGAGGUGACAUUGCCGGAGGCCAACACUCCGGCGGAUGACAAGCGGGCGGGCGGUUCCAGGUCGGCACCCAGCCAGCCGGAGGAGAUUUUCAGUGCUCCAGCCGACGAGGGCUACGACGAGUAUCCGAUGGUGGUUCCCAAGCGAGCCGCAUUACUUUUGGAUCGACUGAUGGUUGCUUUGCAUCAUGCCCUCGAACAGGAGAGAAGUGAACAACGAAUUGGCGAAUUCUUUGGGGACAGAAACUUAUUGAGUGGUAAAUUCGGGGAAUCCCACAACGGAAUGGAGCCUCAUCAAGUUAGAGAGGAUGGCAUGUACAGUGACGACGAUUCGGGAACAAUGUUGGAUUAUGAUUUCAAAGAUUUGAACCAGAUCAAUCGCGCCACUGGCGAAACAUUAAUGCCAAAGAGCUUUCAGAGAAGAGCGGGCGCCGAUCGAUCUGGGACAUCCACACAUUCCGGUUCCCCAGCUGGUUCCCGGCGUAUCCAAUCAUCCGGAUCCGGCGGUGGCCGAGCGUACUGGCGUUGCUAUUUCAAUGCCGUCAGCUGCUUCUGA